AGCUGUCUGGGCCUCCACAUCAUGAACAGCACCCCAGGAGACACGAGGGAUGCUCCUGCCCCAAGCCACCCUGCACCAAGCCACCGGCAGUGUCUCCUGCCCUCUGUGGCUCACACUCCCUCUGUUACUGAAGUGACACCAGCCAAGAAGAUAACCUUCCUCAAGCGAGGAGACCCCCAGUUUGCUGGGGUUCGCCUGGCUGUUCACCAGCGCACUUUCAAGACCUUCAGCGCCCUAAUGGAUGAGCUGUCUCAGCGCAUGCCUCUUUCCUUUGGGGUGCGUUCUGUCACCACACCCCGGGGAUUGCAUGGCCUCAGUGCCCUGGAGCAGUUGCAAGAUGGGGGUUGCUACCUCUGCUCUGAUAGAAAGCCCCCUAAAACUCCCAGAGAGUCAGGCCGGCUUCAAAGGAAAAGCCCCCCUGCUGGGCGGUCACAGGUUUCCCAAGGUGGGCACGAAGCUCCAGAAACAUCCUCCUAUUCCUGGAAAAAUCCUAUGGCCCCAAGAAGGUUGACCCUGGUAAAGAAUGGAUAUCCUGGAUGCCAGCAGACAGUGGUUCUCAGUCACAAGAAUACCAGGAACCUGGCAGGCUUCCUCAGCAAAGCCUCUGAGCUUCUGCGCUUUCCCGUCAAGCAGGUGUACACGACCCAUGGGAAGAAGGUGGACUCUCUGCAGACACUCCUGGACGGCCCCUCCCUGCUGGUAUGUGCUGGGAAUGAGGCCUUCAGACGUCUGGAGAUGGAAAAUGACAGAGGGAACAGGACCAGAAUGGUAUCUGGUGUGACUGCAAGGAGUGAACGUGGCUGCUGGGGACCGAACGCCAAGCAGAGUGUCAUACACUCAAGGGGCAGGUCUGGCGGCAAGCUGCGGCAGUUUUCCUUGAUGUCAGAGAGGUCUGGUCUCAGUGACCAUCCAGCAUCCGGUCAUCAAGCCUGGGCAGGUCCUGCUUUGGACAGGUGCCCUCAGGACACGCCUGCCCCACCUGGUUCCUUGGUGGCUGCUGAUGAUGUGGAGAAGAAGGUCUGCAUGAAUGAAGACGGCAGUCUGUCUGUGGAGAUGAAAGUCCGCUUCCAGUUACUGGGGGAGGACACCCUGAGGUGGUCCCAGAGGGUGGGGCAUGCCAGUGUCUUCACAGCAGCCACUGGAGAGGAUCGGGACCUGAGGGAGGCUGACAGGCUCUGUUGCAGACAGGAGGGCUACCCUUGGGGCGUCUUAGAACCUGGGGCACAGGGACUGGGUCCCCAUGAUGGAGGAUGCCAGGGAGCCUUUGAUGUGGGCCAGCAGUCACGGCCCAGCUAUGACAUAUGGAGGAAUCCCCUGACAGCCCCUGAGGGCACAGGGCCAACUCCUCGUAGGAGAUGGGGUCUGGCUAAGCUCUCUAGAUGCUGGAGAGAGGGAACCAAUGAUAGGAAAGGACAUGACAAGGCUAAUGCCAGCCCAGUCUCAACUCCCAGGCACCCUGGAAGUGUCCAGCCAGGCUCCUGUUGUCUUUGGACUCCUGAAGUUGAAACAGGCAGUGACACCUUGCGUCCAGUCUCCUCAGCUUCUUCCCGGAGUGAGACUGACCUGGAAUCUGGUGAGGACCCCUGCCUAGAGGACACCGGACCCUGUGGCUUGAGACUUCAGACCCAAAGUAUAGACAGGGCCCUUUCUGAUACAUCAGCCAGUGCCGAGUCUCGUGAGGAGUCUUGUGAGGGUGGUGGUCAGCUCCACAGAGGCUCAAGCCAGGCAAGGGUCAUGGCUUCCCAGGGGCAAGCCACUAGAGGUGAUAACCCCUGUAUUUCCACCCAGAGGCACUUAUCUUUGAACCACACGGGUCUUCAGACAAAGAAGGACAGACAGAGCGCCAGCUGCCAGGAGGUCAGGGGUGAUCCUGUACUGAGACUGCCCCUGGUUCCACGCCAUUCUGGCUCUCGGGACACACAGAGAGAUGCCCUCCCAGCUCCUGCCUGUGCCCCGGCCCAGCGGAGGCAGAGAAAGCAGAAGAGGCCAGCUGGUGUUGUGUGCUUGCCUAGUGUCUCUAUCCCUCACCAAGUAGCCCAGAAAGGCCAUGCCAGGCAGUGUCACUGUUGCAGGGACACUCAGUCCUCAGGGGACACAGCCUUGCAAAUGACAAUGCCUAUGGAAAGAGAGCAAGCCUGCCCAGGAAGCCCGGCACCACAAUUUCCUUCAAACUCACCCAGGGCUGGGAAUCAGGCCCCCGAGUGUCUGAGACCCCCAUUCUCCAGCUCUCUUGAUUUUCAGGAACCACAAGCCACCAGCAUCGCCAUGAGUGACUCAGACUGUAUGUCCAGCUUUUGUCAUCCCAGCACUCGCUCUGCAGAGCCAGCAGAGGAUAGCAAGUGCCAGGCUCCCUCAUCAACUCCUACACCUAUCCACAGAGGAGAGGUUGGUUAUCUGUGGGACAAGGCAGGGAGCACCCCUGAGCCUUUCUCAUCCUCUGUGCUACUGAACAGAUGGCCUGAGGCAGAUCUAAGAACCUACCAAAAUUUCGGCUGCUUACAGGUUGCACCGACUUCUACCCUUGCAACCCCUAGCAGUCAGACGCAGGCCUCCAUCUCUGAGGCCUGCUUGGGGGACAAUAGUUCCUGCCCAACUCCACCCCAGGAUCAAAUAUGUUCUAGAAGGGAGCCUGCAAGCAGCAAUAGUACCCACAGUGACCACGGUCGAGCCGAUGGCUACACUGGGCCCAGGAGGACUCUUCCGGGGAUGCCCCUUGGCAUCAGGGGAAGCCUUGAGGAACAGGAAGGGGAUGGUGGUGUGACGCCCAGUGCUCUGCCUUACACCUCUCCAGAUGCUGUGGUUCGUGAGUGGCUAGGCAACAUCCCAGAAAAGCCAGCACUCAUGACAUAUGAGGUGGCGGAUGAGACCAUAGAGGUGCCCAGUGAGGGCCCAGAAGGUCCCAAGGAGGACCUGGGUGAUGGCUGUUCUUUGAAAGUCUUUGGGGAACUGACUCAGGCCAGACAGCAGAUGCUAGAAGGGGUUACUGAUGAGCACCCAGAGCCAGCAGGAGUCCCUGCAGGACCUGGUUCUGUGUGCUGCAAACUGGGAGGUGAUAUGCAUUCAGAUGCAACAUCAGUUGAAAGGCUCAAGGCUCCUGCAGAAGCUGGAACAGGAGAAGGGACCACAGUGGAGCGUGGUGUGAGCCUGUGUGCACUCCCCACCAGGGUCUCAGCCUCUACACAGAUCAUGAAGGCCCUGCUGGGCUCCAAGCCAGGCCGGCCCAGCAGUCUACCAGAAGUCUCUAGCACAGUAGCCCAGAGACUCAGCUGCUCGGCUGGGGCCCUCAUUGCCUGCCUUGCCAAGCUCCAUUUUUUUGAUGAGGAUCUGGGACCUCUGGAUGGCAAACGGAGGCUUGAAGAGUCCCCUAAGUACCAGGAGAUGCUCAACAUCUCCCAGACGCUGUGGCCUGGAAGUGAGCUUGGGCAGGGCCAGCUGGAUUUCAGCCUCAGGAGGCUCACUUCACACCAGGCUCUGCUGGGGACUGAGGACUUCACUCCCACCUCCUCCUCUGGCGUGGACGUGAGCAGUGGCUCUGGAGGCUCAGGUGAGGGCAGCGUGCCCUGUGUCAUGGAUAGUACCCUGGCUUCCAAGAAGAUAGAUUUGCCUUUGAAAAUCCCCUCUCAAAGGCCUGAUUCCAGGAACCAGGGGUACCCAGAGAUAGUGAGUCCUUCCACAGUCUCAUCCGGCUCCCAGAUGAGGGCUUGUACCACCAGCGGGGAAGAGGCAGGCAAAGGAGGCAGGAAGCAGACGUGGGGCAGUGCCCCAGAACAGUCAGUCGAAAACAAGGUGCCGGAAGGGGAUGCACAGUUAGAAGAAACAGAAGGGAGAGCAAGAGAAAGGCUACAGGAAAACAGUGUCCUCGGAGAAGGGCUUCCAGAAGAAGGGACUAGGGUCUGCAGCCAGGGAAUGCUUGCAGCUAACUCUCGAGAUGGAGCAGGUUCUCCAGAAGACACAAGAGUGCCAAACGAUGAAGUAGGAACUGAUGGAGGACUGUGGCCCCUAGAUGGGAGAGAGGAUCCCACAGAGUCCCCUUGCCAUUUCGAGGAGAGCAACUCAAGGGUUAGUGAGCGUCAAAGUGCUCACGUGCCGGAGCUGGGAUUGGACGUAAGGGGCGGCAAGCAAGCCUGCGUCAAGGCCAGCUCAGAAACCAGGGAGACGAACACAUCCAUAGCCCACAGGGGAACUCUGGACCCUGACCCAAUCUGGGUGUCCAAGCUGCUGAAGAAGAUAGAGAAAGCCUUUAUGGCUCACCUAACUGAUGCCACAGCUGAACUCCGAGCCCGAUGGAAUCUCCAUGACAACAACCUGCUGGACCAGAUGGUAACAGAGCUGGAGCAGGAUGUGGGCCAGCGGCUGCAGGCAAGCACUGUCAGGGAAGUCAGGAAGAUCCAGAGCCGGGCAGGGAGGAUGUUUCCAGAGCCCCCCCGGGAAGCCCUCAGAGGCCAGUCUUCUCUACAAACAGAGCAACGUCGGCGUCGCCUCCAGGGCCUGCGUAACCUGUCGGCCUUCCCUGGCCAGGGCCCCCUCUCCUUCACUCUGGAGGAUGGGGCCACUCUGGGCACAGCCUUAGGGACCAGGUCAGGUGCAGGGCUUGUGGAGGAUGAGUUCUGUCCCUGUGAAAUCUGUCUGAAGAAGAAGAGGACCCCUAGAUUCCCAAAGGAUAGCACAACAGUCUCUGGUGCACCCGUCAGAAAGGCCUUUGACCUACAGCAAAUUCUACAGAGCAAAAAGGACGGAAGUAGCAAUAGAGAGGCCAUGGAGGUGUCCCCUCAGAAGACAGGGAUGAUGUUGUCUCAAGAGGACCCCAGAACUGUCCAGGGAGCUGAUGAGAAGCAAGAACUGAGGUUGGCACAAGGGCUUGGGGUAGCUGAGGGAGAGGAGGGGGAAGGGAAGCAGAGGAUGAGAGCAGAGGAGGAUACUGAGUUUUCAAAAGCAGAAGGAGAUGGUUGCCAUGCACCAAAAGAGGAUGCAACCACCAAGGAAGAUGGGAAAAUCUGCAUCGGCACUGCCCAAGAUGGCCAGCAGUUAGAGGGGACUGAGAUCGGAAAGGAGGAAACCCUGCACCAGAGCUUUAGAGAUGGAGACACUUCUGAGGCUCCAGCAAGACAGGGAGGCCACUCGGUGGAGAGUCAGGAAGCUUCCAGAGAAGGGCAGCCCGAGGUAGAAGGCAGAAAUCCAGAUGAAAAGGAAGAAAGCUCUUGGGUAAGCUCAGAAGAGAGCCAGGGAAGGGUGGGUUCUGAAAACAACAGCCUAGACCAAGAGGGGAGGCUCCAGGACCACCAUCAAAGGCCAGGCCCCCAGAGCCACCAUGCAGCACGCUCCUCCAGGGCAAUGUCUCUGGACAACUGCUCACAGGUGUCUCAGAAGGGCUCAGACAGAGACUUUCCAAGUGGAGACCUCAAGUACAACAAAGCCAAGAACAGUGGGGUCUUGCCUGCAGAGAGGAAAGUCCCCAUGAUGUAUCCAGAGAGUUCCUCUUCUGAGCAAGAAGCCCCCUCCAGCCCGAGGCCUCCAAAGCAGGAAAAAGGGGAAGAUGGACGGUCAGCUUGUACCCAGGUUGGGGGUAGGGUAGAUGGCUUUGGCCAGGAUGACUUAGAUUUCUAGACAUCAAACCAUAGGGCGGUAACAGAGCUGAGAUAAAUGUAUUGCCCAUAUGCCUGAGAGAGGCUCAGGCCACGGGGAUGUACAAGGAACAGGAACAAAACCAAAGAAUUGCUGCCUGCCCUGGAGAUGCAGGCCUAGCAUCCCAGCAGCUCAGGAGUUUUAGGCAGGAGGAUAGAAAGUUCUAGACCCGCCCCGGACUAUGGAGCAAGUUCAAAACCGAGCUUGGACAAAUUAGUGGGAGAGCGUUUCAGGCUAUUAGAAUAGAGCCCAGUGGCAGAGUGCUUGCCUAGCUUUUGUGUGGCUCUGGGUUCAACUUUGACAGCCACAAGGAUGAAAAGGACAGUGCUGUCCCUGGGAUCUAAAAUUCAAGGCCCCCGCCCUCAGUGUAAAGUGUUAGCUGUGAGCCUGCCUCAUUUAUCAGAGGUCAGCCAGUUCCUCGGUCCACAGGGCCCAAGAGGUUAGAAGGAUCUGAAAAGACACCUUGGGGCUUUUCUGUGUGUUGACUUCUUUGUAGCUCCCCCUCCCCGCCCCUAUUGAUCCCCUGUUACUUUCCCCUUGGUCUCUCUGGGUACACUCACCUUUUUGACUUUGAGGCACUUUUUUGCUGGUUUGGAAUAUGUGGUGACUCUGCAGAUGUGCGUACUUGGAAAAAGAAGAUAAACUCAGGGUCAUUGGAUAAGGUUUGUUCUUAGCCCCUAUGUCCUAAGUUCUACACCCCCCCCCCAAGCACACACAACAGACACACAAUUCAUACUAUUUGUUAAGGGCAAAGUGGGAAGCCGGAAGGAAAAGUGAUCUCCUGUUGACCAAGGACCAGAAACAGCUUCGUGAAGUGAUUGGAUGCAACGCUCUCCAUCGUUUUCUGGAUGUUUCAUAGAGAUUUUUGUAUAAUAUUUACAUACUGCUUCCACAAAUGCUUAAAUAUAUAUUCCUUUAUCUAAGAAAGCUUCAAA